GCAAGGCUUAGCGCCCGUGUGCUUCAGUAUAUUGUAAGAGUAUUAUUUUUUUUUUCAAAUAUUUUUUUUUAAAGGUAGUGGCAAUUGGCAAUUACUUUUUUUUCAACUAAGAUUUAAUGGAGCAAUACUAAUCGUUGCCUGUAUAUCUUUUAAUAGACUGCAAACUGUAUUAAAAUCAAACCGCGAUAUAUUAAGCCGCUAGUUAGCGUCCGGUUUUUUACUUGGCUUUUCUUUUUUUACGCAAAUAAGAAUUUGUAUUUGCCUUUAGAUUUUGGGUGGGAGUCAGAAAUCGCAGCACAAGGAGCAGUAAUUACCUUUAAAAGACACAAGAAAAAGACGAAAAACAUGUUUGACGGAACAGCAGCCCCAUUCAUUGUCCUUGAUGUAGUCUGCGUUGUCCUGGCUGGACUGCCCUUUGCAAUUCUCACACCACGACAUAAUCCAUUCAAACGAGGAUUCUUCUGUAAUGAUGAAUCCAUCAAGUACCCUUUGAAAGAAGACACCAUUUCCUAUGAGUUGUUAGGUGGAAUAAUGAUUCCGUUCACUCUUAUUGUUAUGAUCAUAGGGGAGUGCCUCUCAGUCCAUUAUAAACGCUUGCAGUCAAACUCCUCGGUCAGAAAUACUUACGUGGCCUGCCUUUACAAGGCCAUUGGAACUUUUGUGUUUGGCGCUGCCAUGAGCCAGUCUCUGACUGACAUCGGCAAGUAUUCUAUCGGCCGGCUGCGGCCCCACUUCCUGGAUGUGUGCAAGCCAAAUUGGGCGGAAAUCAACUGCAAAGCGGGCUACAUAGAGAACUUCACGUGCACAGGGGAAAAAAGGAUAGUCAACGAAGCGAGGCUCUCCUUCUACUCCGGGCAUUCCUCGUUCUCAAUGUACUGCAUGUUGUUCCUAGCACUUUAUGUUCAAGCAAGACUCGUGGAAGACUGGGCUAGACUACUGCGUCCCACAGUCCAGUUCUUCCUGGUUGCGGCAUCCAUCUAUGUCGGCCUUUCUCGGGUUUCUGACUACAAGCACCACUGGAGUGAUGUGCUGACUGGACUGAUCCAGGGUGCGAUUGUUGCAAUACUGAUAGUGGUUUUUGUAUCAGACUUCUUCAAGACACGUGUUCCAGCCUUUCCCCAAAAAGAGGAGGACAUUACCCACACAACUUUACAAGAAACUCCCACAAACGGAAAUCAUUACGGUAGUACUCACUAGGCAUGAAAUGACCAAAGUGGACACCCUGUGACUGUAACCCUGCUUCCUGUUUUUCUAAGGAGGUUUGGCUAGAGCUCAGAGAAUGAAUGGUCUGAUUUUAAGGAUGUUUGAUUACCUAUAUAAAAUACUACCUUGGCAGGACUGCUGCUGCUGCUGCUAUGUGACUUCCACGCCCACUGUGUACAUAACUGUAUAUCUCCAUGUAUCUCACAAUACCAGUACUAUGUACAUGUACUAGCAAUGACACUUGUAUACCCUUUUAUAUCUAAUCAUUAGGAAAAGUGUUCCAAACAAUAUUCAGAAUGCAUUUUUUUUUGUUUAUUAAAAUUGUGGUAAAAGCUUUAUGUACAAAUGUCUGUUUGAGCUUUAUGCUUCUUAACUGAAAACAAAUAAACUAAUUCUGAACUAA